AUCCUUCAUUCUUCCGGUUUCGGGAAAACCCUUGCCCUGAACCAAUGUUGUUAAAUACAUUCACAAAUUCCAAUUCCGAAAAGUUCCUAAAUUCACCGUUCUAGUCCUAAUUUAAUCCAAAUUCACCGUUCCAGUCACCAAAUCCCACGCCACUCUUUCCCUUUACCCCCAAAAAUAUUUUUCCAGAUAUCCCUAAAUUCUCUUUCUCCUCCCUCUUCCCCCAUAAUUUUCUCUUUCCCUCUCCCCAAAAACAACACACAAUUUCACACACCCACAAGAACUAAACACACCAAAGCUCAAAUCUUUUUUCUUAUUAUUACCCAUCAUUAUUUCAAGAUUAUUACCCAUGUUCCAUUUUCUUGGAUGAUGCUUUCCUUUUUUUACAGUAGCAGUAGCAGGAACCUCUUCCUAGAUAUUGCAGCUGUCGAUAAUAUUUCAAAAUUUUCUUGGCCAAAACCCCAACUUUUGUUCAAUGCAACCCCACGAUCUCCACCUGUAAACCCUCCCUAGACAAUCCCUUCUCCGAUCCCCCUCACUAUCAUGUCCGACCCACAGCCCUCCUCGAUCCAACACGAUACAAACAAUACCCACUCGGAAAACAAAGCUGAAAACAACUAUAACAACAGUAAUAGUAAUAGUAAUGCUAAUAACAGUAGUAGUAAUAAUAAUAUAGUUGUCCGGAGAGAGAGGCCGGCGAGGGAGUGUACGAAAAGGGCAGCGGCGAGGUUACAGGCCGCAGCAGCGGCGGAGGCGGAGGCUGCUGCUGCAGUGAGGAAGAAAAAGUCUGGAGUUAGGAAAGAAAGGUUAGCGGCUAGGUUAUUGAGGGAGGAGGAGGACGGGGAGGAGAAGUUUCUAGAAGGUGAUAAUGAUGAUGAGGAAGGCGAAGAAGGCGGGUCGCCUUCUUCGUCGAGGCAACAAUGCAGCAAGAUUAUCACACAGCUUGUGGGAGAGCCCGAGCCUUCGCAGUUGCCACGGUGGAACCUGCGGUCCAUGUGGCAGUUAGCUUCCAUAUUGAAUUUCUUGAAUGUUUUUAGGCCUUUGCUGAAUAUUAGAGUGGAGUUCUCAGCGGAGGAAUUUGAAACAGCAUUAAUUACUCCAAAUGACACACUUGGUGAUAUACAUAUGCCAUUGCUAAAGGCAAUUCCACCAGUUACCCGAGUGGCACUUGGACACAAUACAUGGAUUACGGUUUUGUGCAGGAAAUUAAGAGAUUGGUGGCAUUGGGUUGCUGAAGGGGAACUACCUAUAGUUGCGUCACAUGGGGCUGAAAUUGAAGCUUAUAAUGCACUAGAUCCUGCAGUCCGGGUGGUGAUUUUGAAAGCACUAUGUGAUAUUCGUGUUGAGGUAUUUUGCAUCUAAAUUUUAUUUUACCUUAAUUCUUGCCACCUGCUGUGUUAAUUCCAAGCUCACUUGGUCUCAGAGACAGGUUUGUGACUAGCCACUUAUUAUAUUUGAGAAUCAAUUCUUGAAGGCUAAGGAUUUCUUAAAUGAUAUUUGUGGCAUUCUCAGUGGUUCGGUUUGACUUGGUUUAUAGGAGCUUAUCCAGAAAAGAUAAGAAAAUAGCUACUGAGUUAUCAGAGUUGAAUCAGACUUUAUUUGGUUCUUUAAUUUAGGUAUUUAUAAACUAUAUGAAUAUACCUGAACGUGCAAUCUUUCCCAUUGCAAUCAACCAAAAAAAUAUAAGUUAUCAUCUUAGGCAGAGCUAGAUUCUGUUUGACUCUUGAUUUGUGAAAUUGGACUGCCAUUGUUGAUUGAGGACGUAGUUGCCUUAGAAGUAUUCUCAGGCAUUUGGUACAUCUCAUAAAAUGAAGGGUAUAAUAGUUUUGGAAGUUCAUCCUUGUCCUCUUUCAAG